AUGGUGGGGCUGAACAAUGUCAGGAAGGUGUUCCCGAAGGAGCUGGACCAGAAGCUGCUGGCCUUUGACAUCGUAGAGGCCCGGGUUGCCAUCCAGGAGAAGCUCAGCCUGCUCGACCGCUUCCACUUCGAGGUCGAGAACGGACUGCUCGAGGCCGACUGCCUCUUUGCCUACUACGCGUACAUGGCGGGCGACCACAACAUGGACGCGCUCAUGCGUUGCAAUGAGGCCCUGCUCGACGAUGUGGUGCAGCCGCUCAUCGACAACCUGGCCAACCUCACCAGCCAGGCGUAA